GCCAGGGAGCUUGUCUUUUCAGUGCUGUCAUGAGCAAGCGGAACCAGGUGUCGUACGUGCGGCCAGCCGAGCCGGCGUUUCUGGCCCGCUUCAAGGAGCGGGUCGGCUUCAGGGAAGGGCCCACCGUAGAGACCAAGAGAAUCCAGCCUCCGCUCCCAGAUGAAGAUGGUGAUUACAGUGACAAAGAAGAUGAACAGCCCCAAGUCGUGGUGGUUAAAAAAGGAGAUCUGUCAGCUGAAGAAGUCAUGAAAAUUAAAGCAGAAAUAAAGGCUGCCAAAGCAGAGGAAGAACCAGCUCCAGCUGAUGGAAGAAUCAUGUAUCGAAAACCAGUCAAACGUCCCUCAGAUGAAAAAUAUUCAGGUUUAACAGCAAGCUCAAAAAAGAAAAAGCCAAAUGAAGAUGAAAUAAAUCGGGACUCAGUUAAAAAGAACUCACAAAAACAAAUUAAAAACAGUAGCCUCCUUUCUUUUGACAAUGAAGAUGAAAAUGAGUAAGUAUAAACAUUUUGGACAUAGUCUCCCUGGAAAAUAUAUGGGGUGUUUUUUAAAAUAACAUUUUUUUCCUAAUUAUAAGGA